AUGUUAGGACUGCAGAAGCAUUGCAAACCUAAAGAGAGAGAACCAAAAAUGCCUUGGCUGUUUAUGUGGCACACUGCUUCGACUGAAAUAAAGACAUGUGAGAUUGCAGGCAGCAAAGAUCACCAAAAAAAGACAAAGGCUUUGGGUGUGGAAGUAAAAAAAUGUUUCAUGGGUCUUGUGCCGCCUAUUGAAUCAGCUCACAUGAAAUACUCCAGCUCAAGAGAUGUAACGCUUUCUACAAAAGAAGUUAUCCAGUGGUCCCAGUCCCUAGAAAAGCUUCUGGCAACCCACCGUGGUCAAGAGGCAUUCAGAGAAUUUUUGAAAUCAGAAUUCAGUGAUGAAAACAUUGAGUUUUGGCUGGCAUGUGAAGAUUACAGGAAAACACAGGCUGAUUGUUUGCAUAGCAAAGCAGAAAAGAUUUACCAAGAGUUUGUCAAAUUAGAUGCCAAAAAACAAGUCAACAUUGACUUUCACAUAAGAAAAUCUGUAGCUAAGAAAGUUCAAGAUCCCACACCUUCAAGUUUUGAUGAGGUUCAAAGACUUAUAUAUGUAUUGAUGGAGAGAGACUCUUAUCCAAGAUUCCUUAAAUCUCAACAUUACCAUAACCUACUAAACAAGGUUCAAAGCAACCGUCUCAAGUGAAAACUGAGGAUCAGCUCUGAAGUUUCAAAGUUGCUGUGCUUCAGUAUACUAAGUGAGACUGUUGGAACUAAGAUGGCAAGGAAAUGAUGGAACUCUUAAACAAGAGGUGCAAUCUAUCAAGUUGAAGUGUCUGGAACACACCUUAUAAGGAGAAAGAAGAAAGAAUAAAAGGAAAAAGAGACAAGCUGCCUUGAAACUGGUCAGAUUCACUCGACGCACACCCUUCUAAUAUUCUUUCAAGUUAAACUUAUCAAAAGUUGUGAACAAAAAAGAUCUGAGUUUAAUUGCACAGAUAUCAAGACAAAUUUCAGGCUGUUUAUAUUGUGUGCAUUAUUUCCUUCUUAAACAUUUGAUCUUAUAGAGCUAGAUGUAUGACCAGAUUCCCUUAAAAGGUAUUGCUUGUGAGGAAUAAGGAGUACAGUGAGUUCAAAGCUGUGCUUUCACUUUAUGCUCCAUGGCUCAGGCAAAUUGAUGCAAAUCAAACUUGGAUAGACUCAAGAGAAAAACAUGUAUCUAUGAACAAUGCCAAACAUCCUCUAGGGCUAGGCUUUCCAAAUCAGUUUGAAUUUAGCACAAAUUAUCAUCAGAUAUUGCACUAUUUAUUCAUGAGAAAUGUUAGGAAGUACAAUAUUCUUCAAGACAAUUGUGUCAUGGUCACUAAGGCAUAUAAUCAGUCCAAACCCUCUGCUAAAGAAUUUGGAAAACAACCUGGUAUUCACAACAACCUUGACUAACAACUCCCCCCUCCAUCCCUGUGAUUACCAAACCAGGGAAUUUUUCAAGCAUACAGGUUGUAAUAUAUAUUUAGCAAGCUGGGGCAAUUUGUUGGGAUGCUUUGUUAAAUCUAAUUCAUAAUGAUAAUACAUGACCAUCUCUAGAGGCUCAAAAGCCUAUGGCUAAAAAAGUAAGUGGCCCCUUAUUAAUUGUUUCAAAUUUUAAAAAAAGCUCAUUAUCCCAAAAGAAGACAGGAAGGAGUACUGAUUUUAUAUGCUAUAAGUCAAUAAAAUAUUUCUCUGCUAGUGACAUAUGUCCUUGCACAAUCUGGUGUGUGGAUAUCAGCUAUUUCAAGUCUCCUGCUCUUCCUUCUAUGGAUACUUUCUCUUUCAAGUAAAUUCAGACUUUGGACUCUUCCAAUAGAGGAUACCUUCAAACUUAGAUCUGGUCUCUGUAAAGUCAGACACAUGGCCUCAUUCCCAAGAACUCUUCCAACUAAACCCCUGCAAAGUUGAACUGUGAUUUAUUGGUUUGUUCUUCUACUAACUGGACUCUGAAUUCAAACAAUACUGGACUGAUAUAUUUCCAGACAGUCUUACUGUUUUUGUUGUUGUUGUUUUGUAACUGAUUAAUGGGCAACUAGUGGAAGUAUAUCCCAUUGUCAUUCCUUUGGUUCAAAUUUAUUUAGUCUUAUUAAAACUGUGGGGAAUGGAGGAAAAUAUAUCCAAAAUAGACCUGUCCAGAUACUACUCUGCUUGCAGGAGAGAUGACAGGUUGCCAGCCACCUGGCAAAUAAGCUGAACUGAUCUUUCAAUAGCUUUGAUUUUACAACUAGUGGAUUGAAAGAAGUUUAUGGAAUGAAAAUAAAUAAACUCUAGAUGCACAGAUAGAUAUACAAUCAUACACACUUGCUCACAGAACAUCAUAUAACUGUGAAUAAUGUGAGAUUGUGGUUGAAGGUUUUGGAAUAAAGUUCAUGUGAUUUGGGGGCAAUUACUUUCUUUCCCAAUUGCCUACAUUCCUAGAUUGUUCUGAAGAGUAUCCUUGUCUUUCAGAAGGGAUUCAGAAGGGAAGUUGCUACAAAGAAGAGAAAGAGACAUAAUACCUUUAUGUGUAUAGGCUGGUAUAAACUGCCUUAAUUUAGCCCAGAUCCAAGCCAUUCUAUUUAGAUGUGUUAGCCCUUCCUCUUAAAAUAAUUAUUACUAGCCCCAGUAUAUCCCAUUAAAUAUAUACAGUAUGUAUUUUGAUAUCCAUGGUUUAUGAAGCUGGGUGUAUUGUAUGUUUCUGUAAAUAUUGAUAGACUGGAACUUGACUUUCUGGCAUUAUAAGCUAAUAUUUAAGUAAGUGCGUAUCAGCUAUAUGUAAGUGAUAUUAAUAUUUUGUGCAUUACAAAUUGUAAAC